AUGCGUAUCCUGUGCUUUGGCCCAGGCGAGCUUCAGCCUCAGCUUAACGCAGUUACGCUUGACCAGCUCAAUCACAAUAUCCUGACACAGAGAGGACUCAGGCUACUCCAAGGCAUUAGAGUUCAUCCUCGGCAAGAACCGAAGCUUUUGACUGAUCGAACUGGUUUUGCAUUUGCAGUUCAAGAUGUAGUCGACCUCCAGAUUUGGAGGGAUGGCGAUACCAGGAGUGUAGAUCAAAGGUUCUAUGUUCUUAUGAGUGAUGAUACACUUCGGCAACGGGACUUGCACGAACAACGUUUACACGUGAUUCUGAGCCCUAACUGCUUCCCUCCAGACAGUCCAGACUCAGAGGGUGAUUCUGUCGCAACAAUGAGGCUGUCAAAUCCUAGUUCAACAGAAAGAGCGGUGCAAGAACGGGUUGCACAGGAGAGGCAAAGAGCAGCAGAGGAACGAGAUAGGCUAAUGCGCGAGCAAGAUAGAAUAAGACGCGAGCAAGACAGGGCUCGUGCUGAGCAGCAGAGUCGAGAGACCCAAAAUGGCGGAUAA